CCCUCCCUCCUCAGUGUCACCGUGUUAUGGUUCCCCCUCGUGUGCGGACCGUGCAGUCUGAGAUCCAAACGUUCACGGGAAACCGGGAUUUUCUUCAUAGGUCGUGAAGUUCCAGCAUGCAUUUAACAAACAAACUAGAGCUUUUUCCCGACAAAAGAGUGACUCAAAUGCUUUUCAAGGAGGUCAAAAAUGCAGCCGAGCUGAGACAGUGUGCGGUGGAGGGUAAAAUAAAUGGUGCCUUGAUCAACCCAACGAUGCUGGUGGAUCCUUUCCAAGUGCUGGUAGCUGUCAACAAGGCUGUUAACUUACAGAAAAUUGGGAAAAUGAAGACAAGAAGUUUAUUCUCAGAAAUAAUCUUCAACCUGUCACCUACUAAUAAUAUCUCCGAGGCGUUCAAAAGGUUUGGGAGCUCUGAUGGCGAUGACUCAGUCCUGGUGGUCUUGGUUCACAACAAAGAUGAGUCACAGCUUGUGUCAGACAUCACAGCCAGGGUGAGCGGACGCCAGGUUCCAGCGGAGGAGCUUUCCUCGCUGACAGACCAUGCAAAAAUCAAAAAGCUGUAUAAAGUCACAGCGCAGGAGGAGAAGUGUGGGACUCUACUUGACGCAGUUGUAUGCAGAAUGGCUACCAAGGACGUCAUGUAGCUGUGACAGGCAAAAAGGACCGGAACAAGACUCAUUAAAAACAAUAAAACAAAUAAAUGCUUGUCUUUUUUUAUAUGAGCUGUGUAUUGAUAGUAAUAAUGGCUUUCCUGCAGUUGUUGUUAUUAUACCACAUUGUGAAAUCCAACAACAUGCAAACAUUGUCUUUUGUGUACAAAACUCAAAUCGAUGUCAACUACAAAAAAAGUCAAAUUUUUCCCAGCUGUAAAGAAAAUGUAUGUUGUUUUUUCAUAUACAUUUUCAUGGACUUUACUUGUCUUUUCUCUUGUUUAAAUUUUCUAUAUUAUUGUUAGACUAGACGUUUGAGAGGCAAUUGGCCAAGUCUGGGGAACCCUUUUGGUGACAGUUAUACUUGUCUUUUUUGACAGCAGGGGACAGUGAUGUAAAGCUGGUCUCAUGCUUAGCAGUUGGUGAAUAAUGAAUCUAAAAUGCUGUGGGCCAAUCAUUAACCGGAGCUUGAGAG